GUUGAUGACGUAACUACAAGCGCGUCAAGCGAAGCACACUGGCAGUUCUACCACAACAUUGCAAAUAUAAUUUUACUGUCUACAUCUGAUGAGGAGUCAACGAAGGGGAUACCUUUAGCGUGAUGGCGCAAGGGAGAGGAGAAGACAUUGUCUCAGAGUUCCUCGAUCAGAAUCCACAACUGGUGAACUGGGUGGAAUCAUUAAGAGGACACUGUGAGACAAAUAAACAGUGGGAAGCCAGAAGAGAGUUUAUCCUGCGCAAUAUGGAAACCUUUCCUACUAUCCAACCUGGGUCCCCAAGUCCUAGUUUGGACAGACUUCUGUCUCUGUCCAUGGUUUGGGCCAACCACGUGUUUCUGGGCUGUCGAUACCCACAACCUGUAAUGGACAAGGUAAAUGAAAUGGCAGAAGGAAUCACUGUGAAAGAGGCCCCUGAGAGAAAGACUAGAGAUGAAAUCAUGGGGAAAACAAAAAGACCUGCCGUCUCAGCAGUGGGUGCUGACUACCUGGUAAAGAAAACUAAACCCAAUGAUACGGACCUUAAAGAUCCUGUGAAGAGUGUUGGGCAUCCAGCUGCCAGUACUCUGAAAUCAGGCCCUUCACCAGGGGCUCCCGCAGAGCACCAACCCUUUUUCAACCGACUCUACAAGGCUGUUGCUUGGAAGCUUGUGUCUGUGGGUGGCUAUGGCCCCAACCUGGAACAUUUUGAGAUCUUCCGCAGUUGUGUGGAGUCAUGCAAGGCCAGCCUUAGCUGUGUGUUCGUUCCACUCAAAGACAUUCCUGACCUGCCCUCGGGACGUACCCAGAGAGAAGGCCAGGUAUGUGAACUGCGUUGCCACACCGUUUACAUGGGCACUGGUUACGGACGUGAUGAGUGUGCCGCCAGGGCAAUGGCCUCCAAGGAAGCACUCAAAGUAUUUCAAGGGCAGAAAGUGACAGUGAAAGUUUGCCGCCGCAGGUUCAGAGGACGAGAUGUCGAAGAUUUGGUUCUGCUGGAUGAACAGCCCAGGAGUCAAGUCUUUCCUCCAGCUCUCAGCUACCCCUUUCAAGGAGACCAGUAGAGCUCCAUUCUGCUGGAGUGGUACCAGGGUUACCGUUAAAUAUAAAGUGGUUGAUUCAGUUGACCUCCGUGGAUAUUCUUGCUGCAUUUUCCGUUGUUAUCUUUGUCUAAGGUCAUUCAGAAUGGCACUAUGAAGAAGUACGUAGUUGGUUUAUUCAGUGGUUUAUAAAGGGAAUUAAACAUUUGACAGCCAGUUUCUGUUCCAAAAUAUAAGAGGGUCACCUUGUUUAUUUGUAGCCUUGGUGAUGGUUUGUAGUUAUUAAGUUUAGAUGGAGAUCCUCAGGGGUUAAACAACCAUAACUCAAGUUAAAUCUGACCUUUAAAAUGUUUGACUUAGAUGUUCUAAGUGGUUUGAAAAAGCUGUUGUUUCAAUUAGUAAAAUAUCGCUUGAGUAAGAUUUGCUUUAUUUAUUGCUACAGCAUUACAUUGAGAAUAUGCAGUUUGCAGAUGACAACCUGUUGAAAAUGGAAUAUGUGAGUUUCAGUUCAAAAGGAUGUUAUUCACAAGAGUAAAUCUGGAAUUUAUUAAUGAAGGUUAGCAAAAUGUUGAUCUGUUAUAACUGCUACAAGUUUAUAUACACCUUAGUCAAAUACAUUUAAACUCAGUUUUUCACAAGUCCUGACAUUUAAUCGUAGAAAACGUUCCCUGUCUUAGGUCAGUUAGGAACACUGCUUUAUUUUAAGAAUGUAAAAUGUCAGAAUAAUAGUAGAGAGAAGGAUUUAUUUCAGCUUUUAUUUCUAUCAUCACAUUCCCAGUGGGUCAGAAGUUUACAUACACUGUGUCAGUAUUUGGUAGCAUUGCCUUUACAUUUUUAACUUGGGUCAAACUUUUUGGGAAGUCUUCCACAAGCUUCUCACAAUAAGUUGCUGGAAUUUUGACCGAAUCCUCCAGACAGAACUGGUGUAACUGGUGUUUAUAUUUGCAUACUAUUGUUUGUAUAGAGGACUGUGGUACCUUAAGGCAUUUGGAAAUUGUUGCCAAGGAUGAACCAGUCUUGUGGAUGUCCACAAUUAAAUUGUUUUUUUUUUUCCUCCCCCGAGGUCUUGGCUGAUUUCUUUUGAUUUUCCCAUGAUGUCAAGCAAAGAGGCACUGAAGGUUUGAAGGUAGGCCUUAAAAUUCAUCUACAGGUACACCUCCAAUUGAUCAUAAUCUAAUUGGCUAAUUGUCUGAAGACUUGACGUAAUUUUCUGGAAUUUUUCAAGCUGCUUAAAGGCACAGUUAACUUAGUGUAUGUAAACUUCUGAUCAACUGGAAUUGUGAUAUAGGCAAUUAAAAGUGACACAGUCUGUCUGUAAACAAUUGUUGGAAACAUUACUCGUGUCAUGCAUAAAGUAGAUAACAACUUGCCAAAACUACCGUUUGCUAAUAUGAAAUCUGUUGAGUGGUUAAAAAUGAGUUUUAAUGACUUCAACCUAAGUGUAUGUAAACGUCUGAUUUCAACUGUAUAAUCAAUUUAGUUAACUUUAACAUUUGACAUAGAUUUUAUUCAUUACAUAUAUACCUUUUUGUCAACAUAUAUUGAAAUUAAAGUUGGCACUGUGUUAGCUUGAGAUCUAAAUUUUAUGUAUCAUUCACAGUUGUGGGUAACCUUGUUGUGGACUUUUGGGCAGAUUUGGUGAAUGUUCAAAAUAAAUAAAGUAAAAUUGCCAUCUGUUUAAAAAUUAUGUUAAAUAUGGGUGCAGAAGUAUGAAAACCAAUGUUUGGUUUACUGUAGUCUAAACUUCACUAGCAUGUUACUUCUCAGUACAGUUUCUAUCAUACUAGAUACUCUGAUUUCAUAUAAAGAUGUAACAAUUUGUGCUAUUUUGUGAUAUGACAUUUUUAAUGUAGUGGCUUUUUGAAAAUAAAAAUGUC